UGACCCGACCGGAUUUCUCCCGUCCUCAGCCCCAACUCCCCAUUGAAUACUGGUCCCGCGCCCUUCGACCACAACGACCACCGGUUCUGCUUUACAGGACAAGGAACGAGAUAGAGUUAACUGGUCAUAACGGUAACAACAACGAAGCUAACACCAUUAGUGUGGAGCAAAUUUAGGCAGUGCGCUUAGAGCCUAUCAACAAUUGGGAUGCCUAUGAGCUCAUUCAUUCGGUUGAAUUUGAUCUGAGAUUAAUGCUACCUUGCUCAUAAUAUCAGUUUUUGCACCCAUAUUUGAAGUGAUGGAUUUAGCUUUUGCGUCUUCAUUGUACCCGUCGAAUGGAAAGAGAGCCGUUUCUGAGGUUAAGCCUUUUAGCUCUACCCUUCGUAGAAAACUGUCCUAUCAGAAAAUAUCUCCAUGUCUCGCAACUGUUGCUGCCCAAACCAGUCAGGCAUAUGACUUUGUGUUAGAGAACAGAAAGCAUGAUCUAUUGGGAGCUAUUCAAGACACGCAACGGGGCCUCGCUACAACUGCUGACCAACGCUCUUCCAUCGAGGAGGCCCUGGUGAGUGUGGAGGGCUAUAACAUGGGUUCUCCUAUUGACAUGGUGAAAUUGGAUGGCACAUGGCGCCUGCAAUAUACUUCUGCCCCUGAUGUUCUUGUUCUUUUUGAAGCUGCUGCUAGACUUCCUUUCUUUCAGGUUGGGCAAAUUUUUCAAAAAUUUGAAUGUCGGGAUCAAUCAAAUGGAGGCAUUGUACGGAAUGUUGUUCGAUGGAGUAUUCCAACUUUGUUAGAGGAACAAGAAGGUGCCACUCUACUUGUAUCGGCAAAAUUUACCACAGUUUCUUUGCGCAAUAUCUACCUUCAGUUUGAAGAGAUAACUGUUCAAAAUAUAAAUAUCAGUGAAGAGCUGCAAGCUUUAAUAGCUCCGGCAAUACUACCACGGUCAUUUUUAAGCCUACAAAUCUUGCAGUUUAUCCGUGCUUUCAGAGCUCAAAUCCCUGUAAGAGAUCCAGGAAGACAAUCAGUAGGAGGACUGUAUUAUCUUUCUUAUUUGGAUGAUAAUAUGCUUUUGGGUCGCGCCGUUGGCGGUGGAGGAGUAUUCGUGUUUACCAAAGCUCAACCUCUUGAAUGAUGAGGGCUGAGUUCAACUUAUGUUUACUGAUGGCAUUAGCAUUUGUACACCAGAAAAGCCUGAGUUUGGAUAUGGAAAUAUGAGGACUACAACAUUGAGGUGAUCUUCCUUGGAUUUUAUAUAACAAAUACUAAAGAAUCAUUAGAAAGAAAAUCUCAUAUAUACAGAGGGAUGGAUAUUAAUGAAAAACAGCAUUGAUGGGAGAUCAUCCAUGGCUGCAGUACAGGGAAUGCUUAUUUGAGAA